AUGUCUUGGUUAUCUGGUUUGGUGAGCAAAGCUGAAAAUUUUCUUAACAACAUCGACAGCUCCGCUGCGGAUGCUCUCGGCCCUUUGCGUACGAACGGUCUCAAAAUGGAUCUGCGGGACUCCGAUUACGAAGCAAUCGAUUCACCGCAUGAGCUCUCCUAUCGUACUGCCACUCAUCGAUCCGGCACUCCCAACAUCCCCUCUCAUCUUCAUGAGGGUGAAGAACCGAAACACUCUGCGUCCUGGUCUAUCUCCCGUGAUGAGUUUGUCAAACGGGAGCCUGAUUCUCAUACACUUGGACCGUGGGAGUGGGAUGCGUAUAGUCACGAGACCAUAACCAUGCGGAAUGGAGAUGUUAUUCCCCGGAUAGCGGCGGAUACAUCCACGUCCGAUGUUCGGGCUGCGUCAGUUAGCGUCACGUUGGCCUCUUUGUCAAGCACCUCACCAUCAACCACUCACGUCCAGGCCACGGAUCCUCGGAAGCAAAACGACGAUCUUCGUCUUGGUAUCGGCGAUUCUCACACCAACAUUGUUGACAGCACUACUCCUGGACAUAUCGACCUAACCCCAACCGUUCAGUCUCACACAAACAGUGAUGUCCACUUGGAGAACAGAUUACUACGGAGUGAGAUGUCCUCUCUCAGUCAAGAGGUGUCCGAUUUGCUUAGGAGAAAUAUCAAAACCACUGAGGAGAACAAAGAGCUUCACAGUCAGAUUGGCCGUUUACGGCAUCAGUUGCACGAUUCAGACCGUCGUAUUGGAGAACUGCAAGGGACUAUUGAAACCCUCCAACCGGCCGCAGCAUCUACAGAAGUCACUUCCUCUUAUGAGGCUGCUGAUCUCAAACAUCAGUUGGCUGCAGUCAAGUCCGAGUUGGAAGUAGCAUUAUCCAGUUCAAAGAAGUUCGAGGUACACGUGGACAUGUUGAACUCACAACUGCAAGAAUCUCGUCGCUGCCAAGAAUUAACGGAAAAACGCCUACAGGUGUCUUUAGAUCAGACUGCUCGAGUCACCCAAGAAUUAUCACAGUACAAAGAGAAAGCUACCCAUAUCCUUGCAAUGAAAGAUAAGCUCAUCGCCUCUCUGAGGGAAGCAACCUCUACUAAUACUCAACAUCAUUCCCUCGAUGGAUCUGCUGACGAGUGCACGGACGCAUUAAGGCACCAGCUGCACUUACUACGCACCGAAUAUGAUGUGUUUCGCGAGGAAGCGGCUCGAUGGCGUUACGAAGCCGACCAACGGGAUCUGGUUGUCCAAGAGAUGGAGACACAGCUUCAGGCAGAACGGGAAUCUUCUCGUCAUAGCCUGGAAUCAGCUGAGCAACAAGCGCAUCGAGAAAAACAAGUACCCCGGAUCGAUACUUUUAACAUGCUGGAUACCACUGGUGUUAUCCUGUGCUUUCCUGCUGACUUCUGGGCCUCCAAUCGGAGAGAUCCGGAUUUAGCAUUCGCUGUUUGCUCGCACUGCCCGAUUUUUCUCUCCUGGAUUGCUCCAUGGCAGGCGUUAUUGACAGAACAGGUCAUUCUGCUCCAGAUGCCGCUCUGA